AUGUAUUUUUCAGUAUCCCAACGUGUGUCUGCGGUGUCUCUGCUAUCCUCUCGGAAGUCUCAACUGCACUCUGCUUAUAAAGUCCGCCACCAGCUCCAGGCCUAUGUAUUAAGGAGCGCUCCUGUAUCUCGCCGAUCACAAUGCUCACAACAAAACGCUACGAUAAGAAUGGCAGAUGAUUCAACCGAAGUUUCUCUCCCAAUAAAGAUAGGAGCUUUGCUGGUCGUGGCUGGAUUUAUUAUCACAGCCUUCCUUCCCGCUGCUGGGGUCAUCAAGAAUGCACUCACUGAUAACGGGGAUAACGUCGUGGACUAUCAACUUAGUAAGGUUCCGGUAUUCACUGUAACGGAUGCCUCUGGAAGACCUUUUCUCUCAGAGACCGAGGAUCAUCGCUCGCGACUCGGAUACUUCUUCAUCCAACCUGCUGACGCCGAGCUAUUUCUAAACCGUGUCAAAAACGAAAAUGCUGAUGCAAAGGUGCUAACGGUCGGUUUGAACGAAGCUGUGAAGUACUUGGACUCGAAACCGAGGUCGUCGAAGUCCAUCCCCGAGACCUUUUCUUUGUUUCCAGAUGAGCAUGAGUCACAAAUAGCACAAGAUAUCACGGACGGGGCGUUUCAGAGAAACUUUGGGCCUUCCGGAGUUCCCAUUUUUUAUGUGGACGGGCUCGCACUCAAAGAAGACAAGGAGGGACAGGCUAUCAUACCACUGUUCUUUGAGAAGGAAAAACUCGAUGAAACCCUUGAAACUCUAAAAAAACAAAGCCCGGAAAUCGUCAUUGAAAUGAAAGAUCUGCAAGUCAUUGACCUGAACCAGACAAUCAAAGAAAUACGAACCGGCGGUAAUCCUAAAUUCAACCGCAUAGCUUUUAAGAAUUAUUUCAUUCCAGUAAUACCUGACGUACUGCACAUGUCUUCACCACGAGCUUGUUUUAACCACAGUACUCUGUACCUCGGAAAACGGUGA